AUGACGUCUUCAGAUAGAAACUCUCGCACACCAGCUGUAUACCAAUCUCUUAAUCGUUCAACUCGCGACCAAGAUGAUGAAACAAAAGUACAUCAAAUUGUUCAACGUGCCCUUCAUGAAAUCACUCUUCUAAGUCCACAGAAACAAGCGGCUGUUGGUGGCCUAUCGGGCAUAGCAGCUGGAUACUGUUUUGCAAAAGCAAGUAAAGCCGUUGCAUUCACUAUCGGUGCAUCCGUUCUGGCAUUAGCUAUUGCUAAACAAUCCGGUUAUGUCGAUAUUCAUUUCGACCGAAUUCGUGAUACGGCACAGCAACAAUUGAAUCAUCUUCAACGUGCAGCAAUAUCAACUCUUCCUCAAUCGACGACUACGAAUAUCGACGGAGAAGAAAUCGAAACAUUUCGUGAUCAAUCAUCCUCAGCUGGUUUAAUUGAUCAUUUAAAAGAUUUCGCAAUAGCAAAUUUGGCAAUCACAUCCUCAUUCAUCGGUGGUUUUCUUCUCGGUAUCGCGUUCGAAUGA